AUGAACGCGGACAAGCUGCUGGCCGACCUGCGCGCAAUAGAAGAGGAGUACGGAGGGGAGAGCGAGGGGGAGGACCCUUCGGUGCCGACGCAGAGGGCGGCGUUCCCCAGUGGGAGCGUCAACCAAAAGCUGUUCGACGAAAAAAUGAACCACCACUACACCAUUUUUAACACCAAAAAUGAGUUCCGGAAGACAGAAAUUAACGUAGAGAAAACGCAAAUUGAUAUUGUUAACCAUUUUAUCUUUUUGCUCAAAUUGUUAAGGAGGAGCCACGACGAAGAGGUCGUCCGGCAAAUAAUGAAAUGCAUUGAAGUCACCUUCGAGACGGACAACGAUGAGGUGCAAAAGUUGUCCGAGGAAAAAUCAUUCUACCUGUACAAGCAAUAUCUGCUGAAAAAUAAACAUUUUUUUUUAAAAAUCUGGAGAAGCAUGAAGAAUAAAAAUUUCUACCCAGAUGUAAAGCAAAUCAUUAAAGACAUCACGAGAGACGUUUUUUCAUUCAAUCGGCAGGUACAUAAUGGCAGUCUGGGCUUUAAGGUGAUCUUAUCUACUCUCUACAAAUUGUUAGGGAAAUAUCUCCAAUGCGACUUUAGGAGAAUACUACUGGCAUUCUUCCUUCUGAGUCUCAUGAGCAGAACGAAUAACACCGUCGAUAUUUUAUACACGCUAGAAUAUUAUUUUAAAAAUAGGAACUUCUCCAUUAUUGUGCCGGAUAGCUGCUUCAUCUCUCCAUGUGAGCUGAGCCUUUGUAAGAACAUCAUCAUGUUGUGCAGUCACGUAAAGUACUUCAUCAAGGUUACAGAGGAGCCGUCCUCUCUGCUGAGGUACAAUUGCUAUAACCUCAUCUACAUUGAUGAGAAUCAAAUAAGUGACAAUUUUUAUCUGCACAUUUAUAAAACGCUGUUGAAGGACUACAAACAUCAUUACCUUUUUCGGGACGCAGAAUUAUUCGGCCAGGUAAACUUCUUUGAUGUUAAGGCUAACUGUGCCAAGUUGAAGCCGAAAGGGGUGCUUCCAGCGGGGGAUCCCUUUCGAGAGGUACCAACUGGGAACGACACAACCGUCUACCCUAAUGGUGGAAAAGGGGAGAACACCGAACAGCAGGGAGACCAUUUUGCAACCCUCUUGGACGACGUAGAAGUUUCCUCCAACUCCACCUACAACUGUAGCGAUAACGAAAUUGACAUAAAAAAGAUUAAUGAGAAGAAUCGGCUGCACAGGGAUGGACGCGACCAUUUGGGAAAACGCACAAGGAACUUAUUUCACCAGUAUUUGAUCAUCGAGUUGAGUUCGUGA